AUGUUGUUCCUCUCGCCCAUGUAUCUGGUGCUCGCGGCCCUUGUCCUGGCAGCUCUUCAUCUGGCCCGCUGCCUCGCCUCGCCGCUCCGAAAGCUGCCGGGCCCGACCAUAUCUCUCUUCACGUCCCUGGUGUUGAAGUGGAAGGAGCUCAACGCUCAAAGGACGCCCUACAUUCAUGCGCUGCAUCAGAAAUAUGGUCCUGGCGUGCGAGUUUCCCCCAACGAAGUGUCCUACACUUCAUGGCCGGCCCUCAAGGAGAUAUACUGCUCUGGCGGGAGCGGUUACGACAAGUCUGACUUUUACAAUCUCUUUAGGAUUUACGGGAGAAGAUUUGUAUGUUCCAACAAAGUCUGCUCGCUGAGAGAGCUUCUUUUCCACAUGGCUAACCAUCAUCAAGCUCUCCAUGCGUACGCGUGUGAUUGCAUCACUCACCAUCUGUUUCACCCCAACGGCUCUGACUGCAUCGGGAAAAAGGCAGACGAGGAUAUGAUGCACCAGGUAGCGGCAGAUGACAGUCUGCAAAAUCGUCUCAUCUCGCACUACAGCCCGACGCUGCACCGCCUGCUUGCCGGCAUCCUAUCCCUGUUUGUCAAGCCGCGAUCUGUGCCCCUUGCCGACAACUACGUCCUGGAGACCAGCAAGCGCACCGACAUGGCAAGCUUCACGCUCAUGAGCCGGCUGGAGGAAAAGUCAAGCGACCUCGACCUCGACCACAUCGACAUGGCCGCCGAGUGCCUGGACCACAUGGUCGCCGGCAUCGACACCACCGGCGACACGCUGUGCUUCCUCAUGUGGGAGCUCUCCCAGCCUCGGUCGCUUCACCUGCAGCGCAGGCUGUCCGACGAGGUACGAAAGAACCCCGACGCCGGCAUCGACCAGCUUCCGUUCCUGGACGCCGUCCUGUGCGAGGGCCUCAGGUACUACCCUGCCAUCCCGAUGUCGUUGCCUCGCCUCGUGCCACGGGGCGGCCGGACCAUUGACGGCUUCCACGUCCCCGAGAAGACAAUCGUCAGCUGUCAAGCGUACUCUGUGCACCGCAUGAAUACGGACGUGUUUCCGGACCCUGACGCGUUUCACCCCGACAGAUGGAUGGCGGCCGAGGGGGACGCAGAUAGACGUCGGUUGCUGUUUGCGUUUUCCAACGGCGGCCGAGGCUGCGUUGGCAAACAUCUUGCCAUUGCCGAGAUGAAGACUCUGCUCAGAGAUGUCUACUCGCGAUAUAGCACGACGCCGGAUGCUUCCAUGACGGCAGAGUCCAUGGCCAUGUCGGACCAGCUUAUUUCGACUCGGCCAUUGGGCAAGAAAUGCCUGCUCAAGUUUCAUCUGCUGCCUGAUGAUGAUAUCAAGGCCACGGGCGGCUCUGAGUAA